AUGUCCGCCCUCGCUACUGUCUCUAACGAUACUAUUGACUGCACUAUGCAGCUCGAGCGAAUGCACUACUACGUUGGCUGUCUCCUCGUUGCGUGCAGCGACGUCGGUCCCGCGGCGUUCAACAUCGACAGCGUUCCUUGCCCCGACGAACUCGCGCCGUUCUAUCAACGUGUGCGCAACGGCCCCGCGGACAACGACAUCCCUGUCCACAUCAUAUUUCUCGGUAACCGCGUUGGCAUUACGACCUCGGUCGCUGUGAGCGACGACGCUGUCAAGGGUGAAAGCGAGUCCUACCGCCUUCGCGUGAAGCGCCCUCGCGCCGUACGGGCUUGGUCCUUGUGGCGGUUCUGGAUCCGGACCAUCGUGAAGCUGGCCUUUGAGCGCGAUGAUCUCAGCGAGCACGGCGCUCUCGUACGGGCUGCUCGCGUGAAGCUUCCCGUUACGAAGGAGAUAUGUUCCAUGGUGCCGCUGGAGUGGCCGCCGCCGCCGUCGCCGCCACCGCCUAACACUGAUCUUAUCAUUGUCGAGUCGGAUUCGGACGAGGAGUCGGAGGACGAGGUAGAGGCCUAUUUGCUCGCGUUUGAUGAUUAA